ACGCGUCACGGUGCAUCUAUAGGGCUUACCCUCCAUCUCAGACAGACAGAUCCUCGCAAUCUGCUGUUGUUUAGCUGCUAAUUGCUCGUUAAUUUGUGGUGCAUUACUUACCAGUAUCUUGUGGUUGUAUGGCGUGAAGGACCUUCGUACAAGGCACAAGGAACUAAUGCCAAGUGUGUUAAUCGAUGGAUGACCCGUGGAGUGUGACCAGUGAGCAGAACACCGCUCUGGUCAUUUUGGCCUUUCUUCAGUCGGACUGUAGAAAUUCCGACUACAGGGAUGAGCUCGUCUCUCUGGGUAAGGAUUUAAAUUACACCCGGGACAUCAACUGCAAUGGCCGCUUCAUGGACGACGGUGAUCUAGAGACGGAUGGUCACUCGCCCAGCUCAGUCUUUCUGAACGACAUCCUGCCUGUAGUGGAGCUGCAACGGCCAAGAAACCAUGAAGCUGCAGAAAGCCUUCAUCAGGUUGCAGAAGGACUGAGAGAAAUUGCAGCCCAGAUUGAACAAAACAUUGUGGCUCAAGCUACAAGGAACCUGAGACAUAAUAUAUCAACCACCCCUACUGAGCAGUGGAAAAAUCACCUGGAGGUGGAGGUAGAGCGGGUGAUGAGGCAGGGCGUGGGACUGGAGCAUCUACCACAAGAGAGAGUGUUCAUAGCUCUCACUCUCACCCUGGUGAGGGGAGUGUGUGAGCAGGUCCCAGGGUUGUUGAGAAACCUCUUCAAUGCUGCACUGCAGUACAUCAACCCUAUAACUGCCAGGUGACCUUUGAGCUGCAGGAUGAAAGGGGAAAAUAAAACUGUAUCUUUUCUUUUUGUACUUGAAAUUUAUUUUUUGCAUUCCAUUAUUUUGAUUUAUUUCCGCAAUACCACUUAAAUAAAUACACAGUAUUACUCCUGGGAUUUUAGUUUUCUUUCAGUCUGAAAAUGAUAGUCCAUUAAUGUAAUUGAAACAUUUAAAUAACACUGUAGCAUUAAUAAUACCACAUCCAUAAUGGUAUAACUGUUCCCAGUUCAAAUUAUGUAGUGUAGUAUAGUCAAGGUGCCGUUAUCAGGGGCUUUUCAGUUCAUGCUGCCAUGCACUUUUAUCAGUUUCCCUUUUAAAGCAAGCAUCGUUGAAAUUGAUUGACACAAUUAUGUAAAACUGAGAAAUCCCUUGAAACCAAAUGUUUCACAGAUGUGUUUCAAUGCCAUGUUCAACAACCAUACAUACGUUUUCAUGGUGUUAACUCACAAUGACACUGUCACCUUAUGUAUUAUUUAGACGACUACAAAACUAAGACGCAUGACUUUCUAGCAAAUGUUUGACAGAAAUAACACAGGUGGUCAAAAUGUUCCUAAUAAACUUUGUUUCAUUUUACUUUACACAAUAUUCUCUGUAAACAUAAAUGUUUGGGAGCUGUUUUGAUUGAUUAAAACAGAGUGGACUGCGAUUAGUCUUUAUCUUACCCACCAGAA